CCCGAAAGGGGCUCCCUCCAUCCCGGAUCGGGCCCCUUUGUCACGCUAACCUCCCCCACACCUGCCGUGCCAGCUGCAGAACUGAUGUUGGAGGGAAGUCGUGUUUGAUAUUUACAGUAAGGACGAUCCCUUUCCUGUCCAAGAAGUCACCAGCUCCAGCUGUUUCAUUCCCUCCUUUUUUGUUUACUCUCCGUUGUGGGUUAACAGGCUCCGGGGGGUGGUUGGAUGGAGUUUUGCUCUGGAUUGCAUUAAACUGAUUCAGCAGCACAUUACAAACAGGGCAGCAAUUAAAGGCCAUUUUCACGUUCAAGCGCCACGAAGUUUGAAUUAAGGCAGUAUCUCUGCAGCGGCUACCAAAGAAGCAUAGCUUGUUAGAUUGUCUGUGUUUGUACAGCGCCUAGCGCCAGAGGACUGCGUUAGGACCUGAAGAAGCUUCUGCAAUACAGAGAUGUGAUUGUUUUUUCUUCCUGGCCACUCCAAAGGUAAAAAACUCUCAUCUACAAUUCAAGUUUGAAAACAGAUUGGAAGUCUGGAAAUGUGCGAUUCCCUCCGUAACCUUAACUCUGCCCUGGUGUGUCCGCCCUGUGUCUUCCGAGAAGCAGACUGUUCACAGAUCUUUUUGGAUAAUCUCGCUUCUUGAAGUGCAUUCAGAGUCCGAUGUGCUGCAAUGACAGGAGCAUAGCCCCGUACACAGCUCGGUUCAUGCACAGCUGUAACCGCAGUACCGGCAAUGGGCCGUAUCACGGAUCCGCGUAUCCCUGUGCGGUCGCCAGUGUCUCCAUGGCGUGGGGUUGUGAUGUCACAGGCUGGCCUCUCUUGCUGAGGCUGGGUUUCCUGUCAGGCCAUCACCUGCAUCUAGAAGCCCAGAUCGAAGUGAUCCCGUGUAAGAUCUGCGGCGACAAGUCUUCGGGGAUUCACUAUGGCGUCAUCACCUGCGAAGGCUGCAAGGGCUUCUUCCGGAGAAGCCAGCAGAACAACGCCAGCUACUCCUGCUCGCGCCAGAGAAACUGCCUGAUCGACCGGACCAACCGGAACCGGUGCCAGCACUGCCGCCUGCAGAAAUGCCUGGCGCUGGGCAUGUCGCGGGAUGCCGUCAAGUUCGGCCGCAUGUCCAAGAAGCAGCGGGACAGCCUGUACGCCGAGGUGCAGAAGCACCAGCAGAGCCAGGAGCAGAACGGCACCGCCAAGGACGCCGCCGAGGCCCUGGCGCGGGUCUAUCCCACCAGCGUGAGCAGCGGCGUCUCGGACCUGGACGACAUCUCCCCGCUCUCGGACGGGCUCCUCUUCGACUUCCCCCUCACCCCCGACGGGGGCAGUACCUACUACAACCUGGAUCUCCUGACCUCGGCCCAGCCCUCGCCCGACCCGUCCAGCAUGGACCUCAGCGACGCCAAGCUCGCCAAGCAGGAGUCCUUCUACGAGCUGAUGCUGGAGCCCGGCGUCUUUGCCCACGACCCCCUGGAGGGCAGCCAGCUCGCCUCGGACAUGUCCCUGCUCGAGAUCGACCGGGUUGCUCAGAACGUGGUCAAGUCCCACCUGGAGACCUGCCAGUACACGGUGGAGGAGCUCAAGGGGCUAGCGUGGAUGCUGUACACCCAGGAGGAGAUUAGGAGCUUGCAGAACAAGAGCUGCGAGACCAUGUGGCUGCAGUGCUCCCUGCAGCUCUCCAACGCCAUCCAGUACGUGGUGGAGUUCGCCAAGCGCCUCGACGGCUUCCUGGAGCUCUGCCAGAACGACCAGAUCCUCCUCCUCAAAGCAGGUUGCCUGGAAGUACUUCUGAUCCGAAUGAGUCGGGCGUUCAACCCUUUAAAUAACACAGUGCUCUUCGAGGGGAAAUACGGUGGCAUGCAGAUAUUCAAGUCACUUGGCUGCGACGACCUCAUCAACGCCAUCUUCGAGCUGGGCCGCAACCUGUGCCGGCUACAGCUCUCCGACGAGGAGAUGGCGCUGUUCACUGCAGCCGUGCUGCUCUCUCCGGAUCGUCCCUGGCUCACGGAAUCCAAGAAGGUGCAGAAGCUCCAGGACAAGAUCUAUCUCGCCCUGCAGCACGAGAUCCAGAAGAAACAUUCCAGCGAGGAUAAGCUCUCGAAGAUGGUUGCCAAGCUGCCCUUCAUGAAAACCAUCUGCAACCUGCACUUGGACAAGUUGGAGUUUUUCCGGCUCCUGCAUCCAGAGACAGCUAUGAGCUUCCCGCCCCUGUACAAGGAAGUAUUCAACUCCGAGCUCCAGUACAGCGACCCGCGGGAGAGCUAAGGCUCAGAGCGGCCACACCCCGUUUCAUUUCCCAAAAUCUGGAGAGGAACAGAACCAUUGGGGGCCAGAGGGGGGUUGUUUGAAGUAACCAAACCCAAGAGACCCUAUGGGGUGAGUCGAUCUCCUCUCUGCCCCGCCUCCCCGCUGCCGUUUGCAAUAGCUCUUGAAUGUAAUGCACCUUGAAGGACAAGCAAACUGACUUUGCCAUACCAGUGAAAUGAAUGUGAAACCUCCACUCCUUCGAGGAGACCCUCCAGAACUGUACGCGACACCUUCCUUCGUGCAUGAAUCCCCGUGCGGCUCACACGCGCCCGUGCAACGAAGCAAAGGGGCCCUCGUCCAAGGGCCGGCUCUUGUUCUCCUCGUGUCUUGUGUGUGUUGGUUUGAAACUCAAUAAACACCAGAGAGAAGGAAUGAAAAGGGGGCAAUGCAGACGCGUUGGGAUAGGUGGCUCAGCCAAUCAGGCCAGGGUUGGGGAGAGCAGUAGAGUCGGGAGCUGAGCAGGACUGAAGCUUGGGGGAAAGAAGACAAGUAGCAUCUUACUCUUCAUGUGCACUGGAGUUAGUGACUCCCCAGGCGCAGGGCCGCUCUGUGGGAAACAAGGAAGCAGGAACUCAGCACUGUUUCCUCAUAAACAUCCAAACCCAACCAGACGGGACCCAUGGGGGGUGCGCCCAGGAGCGGGCUCCGUGCACUCCGCUGUCUGAAUGCAGGGUCGGCUGUGCCGUCUCCCCUCCGGACUCCGUCCAGCUGAGUCUUGCAGAGAAGUCCUUCAAGUCAAGGCCCCGUCUGCCCUGUGCAAUCCCAGGCACUCUCCCCCAGAGAAGGGGCUUGCCCCUCUCCCGCUGGCCACCUCUCGCUCUCCGCAGCUGCAUCCUCGAGGCCCGGUGCGUGUAUCGCCGCCGAGCUCUGGGACGCCAGGCGCCGCUGUGGUGGAGCAGUGGUUCCUUCGGGGGAUGGCAGCCGUCAUUAGCUCUUUGUGCAGAGUUCCCUUUCAAAGCUUGCCCCGGAAAUCCCCAGUCUCACCUCAGGUGACCUUGUCGUCUCCCUAGCGGCACCCUACGCGGCAGGGUUAACCUUUCGUCUCCCGCGGGGGGCUCCAUUGCAUCUUCGUGGCGGCUGGGCCGCGGACCGAGGCGGGUGAGCCUCCUCCAGUGUUAGCUACCUGAGUUCAGUCUCCUUGCCCAGGGGUGCUGUGGAGAGCCAGGGGUCCCAGGUUCAAACAUCCCAGCCAGCAGUGCAGCGCGACCAGGCCUUGCCCCUCCCUGGAAGGGCAGCUGAUGUUCUCGUUCUCCGUGCUGCAAAGCGUGGGACCCACCCAGUGUAACAGGGGCGGGAGAAGGCAGCGCACGGUGGCUCUGCGCCUGGAGGUUGAAUCCUCCUCAGACCCCUUUUUUCAGGAGCUUUUUGCUGCUGGGUUGGAGGGUGUUGGGAUUGGCUCUGUGGGCUGAGCAGAAACCAGGGUUCUCUUUCCGUGGAUCUCUUCGGUAAAGCCAAGGUACUAUGCA